AUGCGAAAGCCAGGAAUACCGGAUCGAUGUUUCUACCACCCAGCUCCGCUCACCAAGCGCAACACCGAAGACGAUGCCGGUAGCCGCGCAAAAGAUGCCCCAGACGUCCUUCGACCCGCCAAGCGAAAACGAAUUUCUAAAUCGCUCGCUGGACCUGAUGCUCCCUCUUUCUAUGUUAACGACAAAUUCGCUGAUGCCGUCCCCAUGACUACGAACCAGCCAGGCUACCUCGGGCCGACGAGUUACACUGCUAUCCUGCCCAAAGAUGAAGCUAAUACUAUUGUGCUUGAUAGAGAAGCAUCAAUGGCAUCGGAUGGCUCCGAUUACGAGAUGGCUCACCAACAUCCUUUGACCAAAUUUAUGCGUGCUCAGAUGACCACGGAGGUGCUGAAAUGCUUGCGACAUUAUCCCAUAAUACAGGACGUCAUUAAUAUCCUUCAGCAAUAUGCACAAACAUGCAUAGUGCCGUUACCCUUGGAGAUCGAUCUCAUCAAUGGCCUUGGACCCAUAGUCGACCGAUUCAAUCUCCUGCACUCUGUGCCCGACCCCAGACUAGUCGCCAGAGUCUUGGACAACAGUAGCCGGCCCCUGGAGAUACCCGACGAUAUGAAAGCAGGCGACUUCCACCAGAUAUGCUCAGGAGACAAUAUAAGGUUAGAAGUACUUGGUUUUGUCCUCGCCACUGCAGGAAGGGCAUUAUCCUUCGGACUCUGUUCGUACCACUUCGCCGACCCAGCAAACCCAAAUUCAAAAUCUCGACUGAUUGAUGAGCUCCUCCGAGCCAGCACGACAUGCACUAUUCUCUGCAAUGUGAUAAGCCCCGUCAAUCAUAUAACUAUAUGGAUGCUCUACGAAAACUAUUCCUUCACCAUCAUGGUAACCGGCUUCUCCGGUGCCCCAUCGUGGCGGCGUUUCGGAGAGCUCGCGUCUCAACUUUACGCCAUCGGCCUCCACAGGGAACCACCAGUAUCCAACAUUCCCACCUGGAUGCUAGAGACGCGUCGAAGAGCCUUCAGCACGUGUUUCUUGCAAGACAAAACACUCUCUACAUUCCUUGGUCGACCUCUCCGACUGAGCAAACGACACACCGACAUGAAAUUGCCCCUCGACCUCGACGACAACGACAUCAUGGCCAACGAAGAAACAGUCUCCCGCACGAUCGCCGCGCUCGACGAAAACGGAUGGAAUACCGAGAAGCGCUACCUGCGCACAAGCUGGGUCCGCCUGCGCUUCAUCUCUGCCACUUACCGCGAGGAAAUCCUUGACGUCGCCCUAUCAAAAUUAGACGAGAACGUUGAACGCCAGCUCCUGGAUAUAUCCCACCGCAUCCAAGAAUCUUGGAACAACUUCCCGCAACACCUGCGCUACUGGCCCAACUGCUGGAACGAAGUAGCCUCGCCGUACGUGUGUCUCAUGCUGGUCAUUGCGCACCAAACGCACUGGUACAAUGAGUUCAUCGUACGAAAACUGCUGGACCAGGGACAGACGCCGAUUACAUCGAAUCUUGAACUACUCCGCGUGUCGACCUCGCUGCUGAGCACGACGCUCACGCUCGGCACAAUACGAGACAGGUUAUACGACAUCCACAAGGAAUUCCUCAUAGAGGUCAUCCUAUGCGGUAUCCCCUCCGCCAGCGUCCUCGCCACGGCCCUCCAAGAACAACACCGCACGAACGCGCUCUUCCCACCCUCCAUCUCCCGCGCGGAAAUGAUACGCAUGCUUUCGGUUCUGAUCUCCCACCUUGAAGCUGCAGAGCACCUCGAAUCUUCUUCCGCUCGGCCAGGAGAAGCUAAUUACAAUCUUUGCAAGAAGGCGUGUAAGGCUUUUACGAAGAUUGUGGACCAUGUGUUGGAACCGAGGGCGGAGGAAUUUACGCCAAAUACGGCAGAUACGGAGCUGGAUUUGAAUCUUGAGUUUUUGACGGCGCCAGGGUUAGAUGUAUUUGAAGGGAUGGAGUUUGCGGCGGGGGACGAUGGGAGUAUUGAUUGGGGGGCGAUGACGCAGUGGACGCUCUGA